GCGAAAGUAAUAUCUUUGGGAACUGUAAAGUUUUGCCAAUCACCUCCCGGUUAAGAAUGUUUGUGAGUAAUGCGGCGUGUUACGGGUUCGGUUUCGUGAAAGUUUGUGGUUGACAGUAGUGCCUGAAAUACUCACCGAAAUUGUGUAUAGCGUUAUCACGCGACGCGGUUGCACCGAAUAAUUAGUGAUUAUCUAACUCCUGAUAUGGAAAGUGGCGAUCACAUUCAUACCGACAGAUUCGUGUCGAGUUCAGCGGAACAUUCUAAACCACAGCAACAUGCCGAAUUGGGAAUGAUGGAAAAUUUACGUAGCAGUGAACAGCUUGGUUUUAUGGGAGACAAGCACAUUGAACACCAGCCAGAGGAUUUUCUUUUCGGUGGGGGCGUGAAGAAGGAUAAAUUUGUGCCUUCAGCGACCGACGUUAAUCAAUUUAUUCUUCAUGAAAGCAGAACAAACGUACCAACAGAGGAAGGGCUAUUAGCUGCCAAUACAAAUGUUGGGAAGCCCAGCGAAGCAAGUGAAACUGAAGACUUAAGUGUUACUGAAAGGACACACAAUUCUGCUUUUAAUGUCAGAGGCCAAGAUAGUUCAGGUAGUGUGGACAUUGGGGAAAAUGGGCUUAAUAAAACAUCGAGCAAAAUUGCGCCAGAGAACGGACAAACAGCAACGGAAGCCAACGCCGAAGAAAAUCGUGAUGGUAUUAACAGUUUUACCUUUCCACAGUCAAAUGAUGAAAAUGUCGCUGCCCUGGACAAAACAAGUGAUUCAGUGCUCGGAGAUGAGGUAGCAAAGGACUCGGAUAGUACUAAUUUACAAACCAACAUGGAUGUACCGAAAGUAAGUCCUCAAAUUAAUAAGACUGACACUGAAGACUUUAAAUCAAAUGAUAAUUUACGCACACACGGUGAAAAUGCAGAUCUCAGAUCUGAUGAUCAGUGGUCAAGUAACAGUAAGAAUGUGCAACAAAGAGAGUCUUUAGGUCCGAGUGAACAGAAAUCUGAGAAUGAAAAUGUAAAAGAGAGUAGUGAGAAUAGUAAUAAUUCUUUUAUAUCUAAUGAAAGGUCCGAGAUCCAAACAAAGACUGAAAGUGAUGAAAUUUCAGAAAGUGAAAAACAUCUAAAAUUUGUUUCACAUGAAGGUGAACAAAAGGACCCUGUAGAAAGAAAGCAACAAAUUGAGUCUGAGGACAAGCAUUCUGCUUUGAAUGAAAGUGAAGGAGAGUCUGUGGAAGAGAAAAAGCAAACUGAAUCACCUGCAGUAGCUGGAAACACACAUCUAGGAGAGAAUCAGGAAGACUUAAAAUUAGACACCUCUGGUAAACAAGAGGGAACAGAUGAGAACACUGAUAAAAGAUCUGAAUUACCAGUAUCAAAGGAUGAAACUGAAGAUGAAUGGUUGGAUAUUUUGGGCAGUGGACAUCUUAAGAAGAAGAUCAUUAAAAAAGCAGAAAAUGAGUAUAGGCCACAAAAUUUACAUAUAUGUGAAAUAAAUUUAGAGGGGCGCCUUGAAGAUGGAACGGUAGUAGAAAAGUUUGAAAAUCUCAAAAUACAAAUUGGUGACGUUGAGGUCAUACAGGGAAUUGAUUUGGCUCUACCUCUUAUGAAUGUGGGUGAAGUUGCUUUGCUGGAAGUUGGCCCACGAUUUGCUUAUGGGAAUUUAGGUCGCUCACCGGAUAUUCCACCAGAUGCAAAGCUUAUGUAUACAAUUGAGUUACUGAGUGCCGAAGGUGAACCAGACCUAGAAUCUCUUUCCAUUGCCCAACGCAGAGAAAUAGGCGAUAAAAAACGGGAACGAGGGAACUGGUGGUUUUCCAGGCAAGAAUACUCAUUUGCUAUACAGAGUUACAGGCGAGCCAUAGAGUUUCUGGAUGAAGCUGAAGGUGGAUUUUCUAUUGAGAAGAAAGAUAUUUCAGAGGAUGCGGAAAAACAGUUGCAAGAACUACUAGAAGAUAGGUUGAAGGUAUUCAAUAACUUGGCUGCAGCUCAGAUGAAGAUAAAGGCAUAUGAUGCUGCCCUGAAGUCAGUAGAUAAUGUUCUUCAUUGCCAGCCUCAAAAUGUUAAAGCUCUUUUUAGAAAAGGAAAGAUCCUAGCUGCAAAAGGAGAUACAACAGCUGCAUUAUCAGUCUUGCGAAAUGCAAGUCAAUUGGAACCUGAAUCAAAGGUGAUAAAGCAAGAAGUGCAGCGCCUUUUGGAUGUAAUUAAACGUGACACAAAGCAAGAGAAAAGCCUCUACAAGAAAAUGUUGGGGCAGGAUAAAAGCACAGAAAAGACUACAAGAGGAACGAAGAUUUCUUAUCGAACUUGGGGCAUAGCGUGCAGCAGCAUUGCAGUUGUUCUACUAGGAGCAAUAGCAUACCGUUACAGGUUCUUGUAACCUUAUUCCAGAGUGAUUAUGCCUAAAUUUCAGGUUCAUGAUCAUGGUUUUUGGGUAUUUUGUGGUUGCAGAGAAAUGACUAGUUCUUGUUUGUAGAUCCCACACAAUAGUGUGUUUACUUUAAGUGUAAAUUUUUGUUAAGAGUUUUGCAAAGACAUAUAGUUUUAUAUGAGUAACAUUUAAAAUUGUUUGAAUGUAAAAGUUAUGCUGCCUUAUCGUAACUGUGUAAUUGCUACUGUAUAAAUGCUGUUUCCUAACUUGGACAGUUAAAUUUACCUAAUUUGGUAGUGGUGAUUUGCAGCUGUUCCAUUCAUAUCUUAAAUCAUAUGCAGAUAUUUUGUAUUGAAUAAUUCCAAGUUUCAUAUGGACUAAAUAGUAUGCAUGAAGCAAAUCUCUCUAUUGUACUGCAGGAUUUUUCAUAUACCUGAAGAUUAUUGGUUUAUAAAGAAUAAAUAUUUUCUAUUGUUUUCA